GAGAAGAUUCUCCUUAAUCACACAGUGGGACUGUUUUCAUGACUUUUAAUGGGUGAAGAUAGAAUGCUUUGGAGAUACACUUUCGCCUUUACUAUUUUUUAACAUAUUAUAAGUUUGGGGGUAGAUGCUGAAAAUGGACGUCAUGCCUAAGAUCUUAUUUUAAAUUAAAUUCCAUUUUUAUCCCAGAAUUGGAAGCUCAUUGCGUGUUAAAGGAAUUGGAGUGCAGAGUAAUUCUUCCAUAUUUCAAUUCCACUUUUAUCUAUUCGUUGCUCUUUAACAAAGAAAUGGUAGCUGUUCCAGUUUAAUUAACGUCGUGGAAAAAGGUAAUAGGCUUAUGUUUUAUAAGUGAAGAAAUAGUUCUAAAAGCCUUUUUGCUUGUCACCUCAGAAGCAUGGAUAAAUCUUAAGGAUCUAAGGAAAGUUGUGCGGUAAUUUUAAAUGGAAUUGCCUCUCACCUCAAUGACUUGUAGCAAUAGCGUACUUUUAUCUUUAAACAAUCCGUGAAAUGAGAAAAAUAACUACAAUUCUGGAUGGCCUAUAGGUUCUGGAUUUCUAAUAGUCUGAAAGAAGAUGGGAAAGGGCUUCAAAGUGGUGGUUUGUGGAAUGUGUUCAGUGGGGAAGACGGCCAUCUUGGAACAAGUUCUAUAUGGUAAUCACAGUGUCGGUGAAGAGUGCAGCAGAACUAUAGAAGAUGUGUAUGUCGCUGUGGCUGAAACAGAUAGAGGACUAAAAGAACAGUUACGUCUGUAUGACACCAGAGGACUGCAAGGAGGAGAGGAAUUCCCAAGGCAUUACUAUUCUAUUGCAGACGGCUUUGUUCUAGUGUAUGCUGUAAAUAGCCUGGAAUCUUUUGAGAAAGUUGACUGGCUCAAAAAGGAGAUUGACAAAUUUAGAGGAAAAAAAGAGAUAAAAGACCACGGGACAAUUAUUGUUUUAGGUAAUAAAACUGACCUUUUGGAAGAAAGACAAGUAUGGAGGGAAGUUGCACAGCAGUGGGCUAGGUUUGAGAAAGUGAAGUUAUGGGAAGUAACGGUAACUGAUGGAAGGACAUUGAUGGAGCCCUUUAUGGUGUUAGCAAGCAGACUCUGCCAAUCACAGAACAAGUCGACAUUUCCUUUACCAGGGCGGAAACUCAAAGGCAAUAAUGAAGAUGUCUGAAUGCUCUUCUGCCUUCUGCUGGGCCAAGGAUCUGCUGUGGCUUUUGCAUUCUCAGAGGAGUUGAUGGUGCAGUCAUGGUUACUUAUUUCUAGAGCAACUACUCUCACAGAUCAGGGUCACAAUGGCAUCUGAAAUUGCUUCAUAAAAACACUGGAAUGAUCAUAGCUGUCUGUAUUCAAUUAUAUGUUCAUGGAAUGUAAGCUGGAGAAUGCUAGAGUGCACAGAAAGGAAAGCCUUCUGUUUCCAAAGGGGGCAUUCAAGAGUCAUUUGGGAUAUUGCCACUUCACUCACCACUUAU